AUGAGCUGGAGCUUUCUAACCCGCCUUCUUGAAGAGAUCAACAAUCACUCUACCUUUGUGGGGAAGGUAUGGCUUACAGUCCUGAUCAUUUUCCGGAUUGUGCUGACUGCUGUGGGCGGCGAAUCCAUCUACUAUGAUGAACAGAGCAAGUUUGUGUGCAAUACGCAGCAGCCCGGUUGUGAGAAUGUGUGCUAUGACGCAUUUGCGCCCUUGUCACAUGUUAGAUUCUGGAUCUUCCAAAUCAUCCUUAUUACAACCCCCUCCAUCAUGUACAUGGGCUUUGCCAUGCACCGCAUUGCUCGCCAGCCGGAGGAGUACAGGCGGGAUUAUGAAGAAGCGGAAGAUGACAAUGAAGAAGACCCAAUGAUCAGUGAAGAGUUGGUCCCAGACAAGGAUGUCGAGGAUAAGGACAAAAAGAAACAUGACGGGCGAAGACGCAUCAAGCAGGAUGGGCUGAUGAAGGUGUACGUGCUGCAGCUGCUCUUCCGCUCAGUUCUGGAAGUCGGGUUCCUCUUUGGACAAUAUACUUUGUAUGGGUUUGAAGUCAUCCCAUCCUAUAUGUGUGCACGGAGCCCGUGUCCUCAUACUGUGGACUGUUUUGUGUCUCGUCCCACUGAGAAGACCAUCUUCCUCCUCAUCAUGUAUGCCGUCAGUGCGCUGUGCCUUCUUCUCAACCUCUGUGAGCUCUUCCACUUGGGCGUUGGUGGCAUACGUGAUUCCCUGCGCAAUAAAAGUCGAGAUACAGAGGAGGUCCAGUAUUGUAAAAAGACCCCCAGCGCCCCACCAAACUACCAGUCCGUACUGAAAAAAGGGAAGGUUCCCAAUGGCAAGCUGUAUCCAGAAAGUGGUGGGUCUGAAGCCUUUGAGUUGCCGGUAGCUCAUUCAGGACUGCAUGAGCUGGACCAACUGCGUCAGCAUCUCAAGCUGGCCCAAGAACAACUGGACUUGGCCUUUCAGUUAAACAGUGUAGCAAAUACCGCCCAUCCGUCACGGAGUAGCAGUCCAGAAGCUAACAGCAUAGCGGCAGAGCAGAACCGACUCAACUUCGCUCAGGAGAAGGGGGGAGGAGUCUGUGAAAAAUCGGGUAAGGGCAAAAGAGGUUCGUUCUCAAUGAAACCUAGUGAUCCUGCCAGUAACACGCUUCCUGUCCUAGGGUGA